CCUUGCCAACGGGGGAUUUUUAUUAAUAUCGGGGGUGUGUACACGAUACAUGAAAUGGGCUCGGAAGCCAUUAAUGGCGGAGCUACAAGCUCUUGAAGAAGAAAAUAUAUAAAAUUCUAGAGAUAGAGAGAGGAAGUGGGCAGGGGAGAGUGUGAUUUGGCCUUCCUUAACAUUGAGGAGGAGCCCUCCUUUUAUAGGAGUAGUUGGAGCAUCUACGGAGGAACAUUCUAUUAUUCCUACAUUUUAUUAAACAUGCCUGGUUUGACUGUUCUUUGUAAAUAAUUGGGAAAUGUGGGCCGAGCCACGUAUUAUUUCCCAUCAAGAAGUCCUCCACUUUUUUAAGUUGUCAGAAUCAUCAACUUAAAAAAGUAAACAAGUCCUCCGAGUGAUAUCUUCAGUCUUCGUACUUUGGAUUCUUGAUAUUAUUGCUAGUCCUCUGAGUCUUCAUUAAUUCUCUAAUUUAUUGAAUCAGAAGUUUUUCCUGCAAAAAUAAUAUGUACAACAUUCUUUUUUUUGACCGGCCUAUGCCGUGCUCAAAAAAUUAUUAUCUUUACCGAGAAGCUCGAUGUUAGGGUGAUUAAGCUUCGCGCGAAUAAUUACCGUAACGAGAGCGAUGUCAGUUCGAUAAAGCAACGAUGCUUCGAAUAGUUAUACGACACCGGAGUUAGUACGAUGAAGCGACGGUGCUUCAAGUAAUUAUUUCGUCGAGAUCGAUGUUAGUACGAAUAAGUAACCGAUGUAGUAGCUUUGUUGAAGAUCAGUGUUUGCCCGGCUGACUAAUGUGAAUAUCUUCAUGUCUUGCGGAGACCAUCUUCGAUAAAAGUGCCUCAAAUAGAGGGCUUAAAUGAAUCGGGCGACCCCAAUGUGAGCCUUGCUCACUUUUUUGCUGAAACCGAUGUACGAUCGGUGUACCCAAUUCGAUUGGGCUCGAGCUUAUUGGAAAAUAUGUGUAUGACCGGUGUGAGUCCGGUGUACCAGUUCGACUGGGUCACACAUUUUCUUUUUUAUACUAAGCAAGACCGGUGUAGUAACCAGCGUGUCAGGCCGGGCAUGUGUCUCAGUCUUCCUCUUUGAAUAAUGCUGCUGGCCGGGCCAGAUCAACAUUGGAGAAUUAACCAUGUCGGAUGGUUUCGAGCCCUCUCCAAGGCCCAAAAUGCACCCUUCUUCCAGGGCCCCCUCUUCCGGGUGAUUAAGUCUUUUAAUGGCCCUUUGAUGUUUACUAUCCUGGGAAGGCCUUAGCUCACCCCUCCGUUCAAGUCUUCCCUGAGAAGGGGGAAUCCAAACCGGUCGGAAUAGGAUGCAUCACGGUGGACGACCCUCUUCUAUUUCUUUUAAUUGGCAUCUUUUAGUCCCCAAUCAGUUUGCCAGUUGAUUGAUUCCCCGAUACCGGUCAAACUUCAUGAUUCCCCGAUACCGGGUUUAUUUUUUUUAUUUUAUACUGAGCAAGACUGGUGUAAUAACCAGCGUGCCAGGUCCGGGCCUGUGUCUCAGUCUUUCUUUAUAAUGGCCAAAGAAUCCCCCCAAGAUCCAUGCAUCGUGCUUGCUGUUGGACGAGAGUGAUUUGUUUGCUUGCGGGCCUCAUCACAUGGGAGCAUUUCCUUGAUUUUUGUAAUUGGAGUAUAUCUUGAUUUUUGCAAGUGGAGUAUCUCUUGAUGUAAUAAGAGUAAUGGACCCCACCACCACCACUCCACUUGCUUCCUUCCUCUUGUUGUCGUCCCUUCUUCUCUUAUCUCUCUCUUUUUUUGUUUGUCUCCUUGUUAAUUAUUGGUACAAAGCAUGUACCCACUUUUUCUUCAUUUCCAAAUUGUGCCAUUGUAUUCUUCAUGUGGUACCCACCUUUAUUGUGUCAAUCAUCUUCAAUUCUUCAUUGGCAUGUACUUGUUUGGCUCAAGAAGUGUAGACAUGAUGGCGGCACAUCUCUGUAGUGGCAUCCGUGUUGUAAUUCAUCACCAUCACUUUAAUUGGAUUAUGCUUGAUGCCACUUUGAGACGGAAUUGGAUCACUUGUGAUGGAGGGAUUUAACGGCGUGAUUGAGAUUAUCACUCCUCAGAAUAUGACGCUAGUUUUAUAGGCAAUAGCAGCAACUCAGAUUCCAACAGUGGAAGUGUCGGCUACAAAAUUGAGUAGAAAUUGGAGUCUUCCGUGGUUGGAUGGCUUCAAUGGAAACGUUGCAGCGGCCGUGAGGAUCAAAAACGGUGGUGGGGACUCCAACAGUGGCAACGACGAUGUUUGGCUUCGUUGGCAAUAAUAGCCGACUUCGGUGGUGGCGACAAAUAUGGAUGUGUCAUUCUCUAGCGAUGAGUGGCUAGAGGCACCAGGAAAAAAGAACUGAAACCGUCCUUUGACGAAAAACAGAAUGGCGGCUAACUCUGGCUCCAGUGUCAAUCAAAUCCGACGACGAGCUCAGCUCCAGUGUCGGAAACGACGGACUUGCAGUAUGCCGACAGCAGUUCCUGACUGCUCCUCUCCCCAUGCUCCUCCAGCACGUGGUAGAUCUCAGGUCCGGCGAUGAGGGAAGCAGUGAUGACGCUAGAUAUCUUGCGGCGCGUUUAGAGACGGAGCCCGGGCCAGUGCAGCCUUGGAGAUCGGCUUCUCUGCUUUGACGACAAGGAUAACUUUCUCCGAUGGCAGGGCAACGGUGUGCGGCAUCGAGGAAGCGUGGAGGUCGAAUUUCGGAACUCGAUCCAGAUUUUCCCCCCACUCCACGCAGAUGCAACGAGAGACCUUCAUGGGAUGGACACCAAUAAGAACAGCUGGAUCUGCUUCUUCUGCGGCGAUGGUUGAUUUUUCACAGGUGAUUCCAAUUGAGGAGCAAAGGUGAAAAAUUUGGAGACAUUUGUAGUUUUUUUCUUUUCUUUGUGGUGGUGAGAAGAGAACAAUGGAGCAUUCUCCCUCUUUUGCUUUAGGGGCGAAUUGGCAGUGAGAUCAUAUCCUUCCCCCCUUCCUCUCUUUUUUUUUGAGAGACAAAUUUGCCAAAAAAUUUGGGUCUCUCUUGAAGAAAAUAAAAUGAAGGAAUUGAAAAUUCAUGGCCUUUUGUUUAGGUCCCACGGUCGGCGCUAAAAUGAUGGUGUAAAUUAUCGAAUGGUAUAUCGUUUUUAGCCAGGCAAAAAGGAUAAACUAAUCUAAAAAAUACACCAAAAUAUAAACACGGGGAUUUUGACAUGGAAACCCAAAUCGGGAGAAAACCACGGGCCUUUUUUGGCGGUACCUUGCCAACGGGGAAUUUUUAAUAAUAUCGGGGGUGUGUACACGAUACAUGAAAUGGGCUCGGAAGCCAUUAAUGGUGGAGCUACAAGCUCUUGAAAAGAAAAUAUAUAAAAUUCUAUAGAUAGAGAGAGGAAGUGGGCAGGGGAGAGUGUGAUUUGGCCUCCCUUAACAUUGAAGAGGAGCCCUCCUUUUAUAGGAGUAGUUGGAGCAUCUACGGAGAAAUAUUCUAUUAUUCCUCCAUUUUAUUAAACAGACCCGAUUUGACUGUUCUU